GACACCAUGGAACCAGGCAACCUCACUUGGGUAUCAGAAUUUGUCUUCCUGGGACUCUCACAGACUCGAGAGCUCCAGCUCCUCUUGUUUCUGGUGUUCCUAUUUGUCUACACCACCACCGUAUUAGGAAACCUCCUCAUCAUGGUCACCAUAACUUUUGACACCCAUCUCCACACACCCAUGUAUUUUCUGCUCCGAAAUCUGGCUGUCAUAGACCUCUGCUAUUCCACAGUCACUUCCCCAAAGAUGCUGGUGGACUUCUUGCAUGACCCCAAGACCAUAUCCUACCAGAGCUGCAUGACUCAGAUCUUCUUCUUCCACCUCUUGGGAGGUGGGACUGUCUUCUUCCUCUCAGUGAUGGCCUAUGACCGCUACGUAGCCAUCUCCCGGCCCCUCCACUAUGUCACCAUCAUGAACACUCAGCUCUGUGUGGGGCUGGUGGUGGCUGCUUGGGUAGGGGGCUUUCUCCACUCCAUUGUCCAGCUGGUUCUGAUGCUCCCGCUGCCUUUCUGUGGUCCCAAUAUCCUGGAUAACUUCUACUGUGACAUUCCCCAAGUGCUGAGACUCGCCUGCACUGACACCUCCCUCCUGGAGUUCCUCAUGAUCUCCAACAGUGGGGUGCUGGUCCUCAUCUGGUUCCUCCUCCUCCUUAUCUCCUACUCGGCCAUCCUGGUGAUGCUGAGGGCCCACUCGGGGCAGGCGAGGAGGAAGGCAGCUUCCACUUGUACCACCCACAUCAUUGUUGUGUCUAUGAUCUUCAUUCCCUGUAUCUACAUCUAUGCCCGGCCUUUCACCUCUUUCCCUGUGGACAAGGCUGUGUCCAUCAGCUACACCGUCAUGACCCCUAUGCUAAACCCCAUGAUCUACACCCUGAGGAACCAGGAGAUGCAGGCAGCCAUGAAGAGAUUAGGCAAGCGCCUAAUCAUUGGCAUCAGGGAGUGAUCUUGAAAUA